AGCCAGCAGCAGCCAAUCAGAAGACCUAGCAGCUGAACGCUGCGCUGUGAUUGGAGGACCCAAACGCAAAGAGAUGGAGCAGCUGAAAGUAGUGCGGGUGGAGCUAAAGAAAGCCCAAGAGUCCCAGAGGGAGAUGAAGCUGUUGUUGGAUAUGUACCGCUCGGCACCGAAAGAACAGAGAGAUAAAGUACAACUGAUGGCUGCGGAGAAGAAGGCAAAGUCAGAGGCAGAGGAGCUCCGUCAGCGGGUGCGAGAGCUGGAGGAGAGGGAGCGGAGGGAAGGAAAGAAGAUGGCCGACGAAGAGGCCCUGAGAAAGAUCCGCUCGGUGGAGGAGCAGAUCGAUAUACUCAAUAAGAAAUUCUCUCUUGCUAAGCAGGAGGAAGACGCUUUGCUAAGUGAAAUGGAUGUUACUGGCCAGGCGUUUGAGGACAUGCAGGAGCAGAACAUUCGGCUGAUGCAGCAGCUCAGAGAGAAAGAUGACGCCAACUUCAAACUCAUGAGCGAACGCAUCAAAUCCAACCAGAUCCAUAAACUUCUCAAGGAAGAGAAAGAGGAGCUAGCUGACCAGUUGCUCACACUCAAAACACAGGUGG